AUGCAGUCAUUGCCUUUACUAUCUUUCUUAUUGCUGUUCUCCUCAUUGGUUCAAUGUUUCCCAAUAUCCUUUUUUAACUCCAUGAAAACCCAUUUUUUUGAUGCUAAAAAACUAAAUGAUGGUGCUGAUCUCAGACCCAUAAAUGGCGACUCUCCAUUGUUACAAUGUGAUUUAUUAGAGGUCCAGAGUUUAAAUAUUAAUGAAAUCGAUUUGUCUCCAAAUCCACCAGUUAGAGGUUCGGAACUAGAAAUCAAGGCUAAGGGUGUCUUGAAAUCUCCAACUAUUAUUGAUUAUGGCUCUUAUAUCGAUGUCGAAGUUAGAUUAGGUUACAUCAGACUAAUCUCCCAAACUUAUGAUUUAUGUGAGCAACUAGAAGAAAAUGAUAUCGAUGGCUUGGAAUGUCCUCUUCAACCAGGAUUUUAUGAUGUAACUAAAAUUGUUGAGAUUCCACAAGAAGUUCCACCAGGUACUUACUCAGUAAAUGUUAGAGCUUAUAAUUAUGAUGAUUCUGAAAUUACUUGUUUAACAGGUGAUGUUACAUUCCCAUAA